AUGGAUCCCUAUUCCCCAGAAGGAGAGCUGAUAAACAUCCAUUCGGCCUUCCACGCGGGCGCCUACCAAACUGUCAUAGACUUUGAUACCUCUUCCUUCUCCGCCUCCAACAGUCUGCCUGUGCGCGUACUCCAAUUGCGCUCGCAAAUCGCCUUGGGUCACGCAAAAGCCGUCUCGGACGAACUGGCCAGCGAGAAGACACCGGACCUGGUUGCGAUCAAAUUACUGGCAGACUACGAGCAGGGCAAAGAUGUGCUAGAGCAGGCAAAGAACCUGGCUGAGACGCAAGGGCAGGAGAACCUGACGGUACAAUUGUGCACCGCGAUGAUAUUGGAGAGAGCCGGGGAGACAGAGGCAGCGCUAGAGGUGUUGAGUAAACACCAGGGCAGUUUGGAUGCCGUAGCACUCAUCGUGCAAAUUCACCUCCGCCAGAACCGCACAGAUCUCGCCCUCAAGGAAGCGCAGCGCGCACGGAAAUGGGCACAGGAUAGUCUACUCGUCAAUAUCGCCGAGAGCUGGGUUGGCAUGCGCGAGGGCGGCGAAAAAUACCAAUCCGCAUUCUACGUCUUCGAAGAACUAGCCACAUCCGCCCAAUCGCAGUCCCCCCACUCGCUUGUCGCCCAGGCCGUCUCGGAACUGCACCUUGGCCGCCUACCCGAAGCCGAAGCUGCGCUGCAACAAGCCCUCGCCAUCGACGCAAACUCGGCAGACACGCUCGCCAACCUCAUCGUCCUCGAUACGCUGCUCGGCAAGCGCGAGGAGACGCAGCAGUUGAAGACGCAGCUGCAGAGCGUGGCGCCGGAUCAUGCGGCGCUGGCGGACUGGAAGGAGAAGAAGGAGGAGUUUGCCAAAGCGGCGAGCAAGUACACUCCUAAGUUUGAGGUGGCAUCGUGA